AUGAGACUCUUGCCAGCAGAGUCCCGUCAUUUGUUUUAUGAGAGCAAUGCAUCGGACGGAAUUGAUUAUCAGAACGCCCAUGUGAUCGCAUUCAUGACACUCGCCCAUUAUGGAGCGAUGGCUGUAACUGGAUUCACAGCUGUGUUCACGAUAUUCGCAAAUAUGCUUACCAUUUUUCUGGUCAUUCGACAUCGCCAAUUGCAUAGUUCAGUCUCGAAUUUGUACGUUCUCAACUUGAGUUUCGCUGACCUAUUAAUUGGUCUCAUCGUUAUAGUCAUUAUGGCCGUUCAUCUCUUCGUAAUUAGGAAUUUUCGUUACUUAAUAUCUCAAUUAUUCAGAGUUGAUUAUUUUUUUGCUUGCACGUGGCUCUGUGACGUUUGGCAACUUUGUGAUAUUAUUCUGUCGACAACUUCACUGUAUUCAGUAUGUGCGAUAGCGUUGGAUCGGUUAUGGAAUCUGGAGAAGCCACUGCGAGUAUUUAAACGUAACCGAAGAAUCGCAAAGCGUCUUAUAUUCAGCAUAUGGGUGAUUCCGAUGACGGCAUGGACGACUGUAUAUUUCACAAUGACAAAACACGUCAAUAAAAACGACGCAAUGCGAAGACUUUCCGAACGAAUUGUUCGCAUUCAGCAAAUAAACUCUACUGGUUACUACACAAUAUGGAGCAAUAAAUACAUAGUACCAAUCGUUGCCGUACCUCUUCUCUACAUCCCCGCUAUAACAUUGAUCGCAAUGUUCAUAAGAAUUUCACUUGUUGUUCGUAACCAUUUGAAAUUCCUUCGCGAACACUCCACCAAAUCGAUGAAAUCAAUUGGCUCACCGCCUACUGAUAUGGCACUACCAUCCGCAUCAAAUUCGAUGUGUAGAUCGCAUGAAGGAACCCCACUGAGAACUCCUGAGCUCAUUCGCAAAUUCACCGAUAGUAAUCUGAACAAUACAGUCACGUCAGGUUAUGGCACUCCAAACACUCGAACACCCAGGAGUCCAUCUUCGCGAGUACCUAAAUUCGAAUGGAAUUUAGCACCGUUGAGUGAAGAGAUUAGCAGUGGACGAGAUCGCAGUCACUCUGAGCAAAUUCAACUUCACAAUGAACAGAUCGAUCAACUACAGCAACAUGACACUUCAGGUCGUUCAUUGGCUAAUUUAGAAACAGGAUCUGUUGCUAACGGUAUGCAUCGUCAUCUGAGGAGGCUGUCAACAUUAAAACGUAUUGAAUCGUCUCGUCUCAGUGUGCUUCUAAAUCCGACCAAUCUUGCAGAAAUUCUUCAGAGAGAAAACGUUUCGAGACAGGUUCGAGCUGCAAAAGCUGUAGCCUUGAUUCUUUGUAGCUUUGUGAUAUGUUGGGUGCCCUUUCUUGUUCUUUGGCCGCUCAAACUAUUUUGCAGUGAGUGCGUUCCCGACAAACUAUAUCUGUUCUCGAUUUGGUUGAACUACCUCAGUUCAGCGAUUAAUCCCCUCCUGUAUACACUAUCAAGUCCGAAGAUACGUCAUGUUCUACGGCUUUAUCUAAGGUGUCACUCAUCACGGUCAUCCGUUAAAGCGAGUAUUUUUAGAAGUGGCACGAUUGUCUAA